CAGAGUUGUCAGAUUUUUUUCAGCAGUUCGGCUGUCAAAUUGGGAUUUUUCUUCCUUGAAAAAGGCAAAAAAGUCGUAAAAGUUUGUGUUUUUGUGCAGAAAAGUGUUUGUAUUUGUUUAAUUAAAGAGCCAGAGUUUCCAUCUACGCUAGAAAACAAUGAAGAAUUCUGAUAUUGCACCAUCCGUAAUGGGAAUUAGUGAUUUGACCCUCAACGAUACUCCUCCGACGGCGCACAAGGAGGAUCAGAUUUCAACCUUCUCGCAGCGUCGCAAGGGCAAAGGAUUCCCCCGGAAUGUGCAGCCCCCGGCAGCUGCUCCAACGGAGCCAUUGUCAAUUGAGGAUGCACUCAAGAAUCAGGAGAUCUCGUACAUGCCGAUGAAGACACCCGUGUCGAUUCUGCAGGAGCUGCUGAGUCGUCGCGGUAUAACACCGACGUAUGAAUUGGUGCAAAUUGAGGGGGCCAUCCACGAGCCAACAUUUCGCUAUCGUGUCUCAUUCAAUGAUAAGGAUGCGAUGGGUGCUGGACGCUCGAAGAAGGAGGCGAAGCAUGCUGCCGCCAAGGCGCUAAUCGACAAGCUGACUGGGCAAUCGACGCUGGCUGGGGAGCAAAUGGAGGCGGCGCUCGAGUCAACGCUGGGGCCCAGUAGCUUUGACGAUAAGGUCAUGGGGAAUCCCAUCGGGUGGCUCCAGGAGAUGUGCAUGGCUCGUCGCUGGCCACCCCCGACUUACGAAACGGAGAUGGAGGUGGGGCUGCCGCAUGAGCGUCAAUUCACAAUCGCAUGCACGGUACUCAAAUACCGCGAAGUGGGGCAGGGGAAGAGCAAGAAGAUUGCCAAGCGCAUUGCAGCCCACAAGAUGUGGACGAGACUGCAGGAUAAUCCCCCAGAUGCCACGCAGCUCAAUCAGGUCAUCGAUGAGGAAGCAAGCGAGGAGAUCAAUCAGAAACUCAAUCGGUAUGUGGAUUUGAAAGAUUCCCACAUUCCGUCGCUAACAAACCAACAUAGCUUCAAAGUGGCCCAAUUCCACAAGAGUCUCAAAGCAACAUUCGGGAAGGCACUGAGCAAACUACAGGCUACAGCGAGUCUGUCAUCUCCGGACAUAAAUUGUGUUCAAUUGUUGCAAGAGAUUGCCUCGGAGCACCAAUUCGAUGUGACUUACGUGGAGGUUGAGGAGAAAACCUAUUCGGAUUGCUUUCAGUGUUUGGUACAACUGUCCACAUUGCCGGUGGCUGUUUGCCAAGGAUCCGGAAAGACACGGAAUGAAGCUAAAGUCGCAUCAGCUCGCAAUGCCCUUGAAUAUCUCAAGAUAAUGACAAAGAAGUAGGAGAGGAAGAAAAAGGAGGGAAAGAAAAAGAGAAGCUCCGUGUCGAAGGACCCUCGAGGUGGGGGGACUUUUAUUGUGUCCUAGAAGAGCUGAAGAAAAAAUAUUAGAUAUGCCGACUCGGUGUCCAAAGUAAGUGACUCCUACUAUAUAUAUUUUUUAACACUCACCCACACUUUUCUUCUCCCAAAAAAAUGAAUGCACAACAAAGUAAAAAAAAAGAGAAAAUGUUACGUGCAAAAGGACUUUUAGUUGAAAAUUUCUCAAGACAGCAGUCUUUUUUUUAAUACUUUUUUUUAUUUGGAAUCUUUUCAUCCUCACCCCCCCCCCCCCCCCCUCCUCUUAUGAAAUCAACGUAAAAAAAGAGAUUUGUUUGGUAUUUGCGUGUAAAUUACAAAAGAAGAGAAUUAAUUUGUACACGGUCUCUAUUAAUUUUCAUGUCAUACAUGUUAAUAAUUCUCCGCGCAUUGUGGACAAAAAAAAACUUACUCCAAGGGUGCGGAGAGAGAGAGAGCAAAAAAGGAAUAUUUUAAGCAGAAAGAAAAAAAAAGUCAUCCCCCAUUCGGUGUGGCACCUUAAACAUGUUAAACAGUGGCGAAGUAUAUAGAAUUAUGUCCAAAAACAAAGGAAAACAAAGCGAAAUAUUCCCGAGAAAUCAAUAAAAGUAUUUCUUUUUUUAAUUUUCCUUUACUACUGUAACCCCUUAUAGUGUGUGGGAUAAAAAAAUAUCUAUUCAAAGAAGUGUUAAAAAAUAAUAUUUUUUAUUUUGUGCUUUUAAUGGAUACAUAAAAAAUUGAGAAACUCUCGCUACAUAAAUAACUUUAAAUAUUAUAUUAAUCGAAGCAUUAUUUAAAAUGAAGAAAAAAAGUAAAAUUAAAUCACACAAA